UCGGAAGACUUCCGAAUUCUGAGUUUGCCCGAAAUGAUAUGAGAUAGGGAGAAUUGUUUAUACCAAACAAAAUAUAACAAAGAUAAAUCCUCUUUAUUUAUUUUUUUUCCUACAGGUGUUUUUUGUUUUUGUUUUUUAUUUGACUCAAAUCAUUAAGAACAAAGCUAGAUCCUACAAUGUAUAGAGCCGAGGGGUCUACAUCUAACUUAGAUAUAGACCCUAGAUAGAAAUGACUGAAGUAAAAAUGCGAUUGUCAUGUAUUCUGUAUGGAUUGAAUCACACCUAGUUAAUCAUCGUUGUAUUGAUAAUUGAUAUUACAAAAAGUGGAAUUUACCAUAUCUUUUUCUUUCCAUUUAGAUUGUGGCAUUGACUCAUCAGCAUUCAAGCUGCUUGAUGCAAGUCUUGUGAAGGACGUGAUCCCGCAGUUGGGUCCAAGACUUAAAUUCAUUGACCGUUUUGAUAACUGGAAGAGAAAGGUUAGUAAGCAGCCAUAAGAUAUUCCUGGAAAGAAAAUGUUUUCGUGUUGCAAAUGUGUGAAAUCAUUUGAAAAAAGUGGGGAUCUAUGGAACCAUUUAAAGAUCCAUAACAUCAAUACGAAGACCAGAACAAAACUUGUGUGUCAUGUGCAAGAAUGUUUUAAAACAUUUUAUCAUGGUUAUAGCUACAAGCGGCACUUACAAUAUCAUGAUUCCAUUGCACAAAAUGUCAGUGAUGAAGAUUCUCAUGGAAAUGCUGUUUCUGAUGAUGAAAGUGUAUCAGAUCAGUCAGAAGUGCUGCCAAAUGAAAAACCCAACGAGGAAAUAUCAGCAAAUAUCAAACAUUCUGUUUCUGAAUAUGUAGCAAAACUUAAAAGCUCUUCCCUGCCAUCAUCUACUGUGCAAAGCAUCAUUUGUGACACACGGGAGCUGCUCAGGAAUGUAAAUGAAGCAGUUCUACAAGUGUCAGCCCCCGUCAUUGAGGACAUAGCUCAUGAUAUCAAACCGUCAGAUGAUAAAAUUGACAGUCUACAGUCAGUCCUCCACAUGGUGAAAGAUCCAUUUGAUUAUUUCAGUUUAUCUACUGUCCACAAGCAAAACCAAUAUGCCCACGAAUGUAAAGUUCUUAUUAAGCCAGAAGAAAUUGUUUUGGGCAAAGCAUACAGAGAAUGUUUGAAUGUGCGUACUGGAAGGACUGAGCAAAAACAAGUUGAUGAAACUUUUCAGUAUGUGCCAAUAGGAGACAGUCUUAAAGUGUUGUUGGAACAACCAGGCUAUAUGUCGGUCAUCAGUCAAGAAAAAGACUGUGCUGGUGAGAAAGAAGUUCUUCAGACUUAUAGAGAUGGAUCAUAUUAUAGGACUUUUGAAGGGAAACAAAACUGUUUGGAUAUUGAAUUGUUACUCUAUAAUGAUGACUUCGAGACAGCAAAUCCCCUCGGUUCAAAGAAAGGGAAACACAAACUUCUUGGAGUCUAUUUAACUGUUGCUUCUUUGCCCAAGAAAUAUCAAGCUAAGCUUGAAAAUGUACUUUUGGUCGCUUUAGCAAAAUCUUCUCUUGUGUCCAAAUAUGGUGUUAAUGCUGUUCUGCAGCGUAUUUCUGAUGAUCUUGAAGUUCUCUUUACCGAAGGUCUUCAUAUAGAUAGUCCAGAUGGAUUCAACGGCACCAUUCGUCUCAGACUUCUCCAGGCAGUCGGUGAUAACUUGGCUCUCAAUACCAUACUUGGCUUUGCUGGAAGUUUUAGUGCAAACUACUAUUGCAGGUUCUGCAAGGCACUUAAGGCAAUAUGCAGAAAACAGGAUAAAGCAAACGAUUCUGCAGAAUCUGUACUGACAGGCAUGCAGAUGGGCUGGGAGUCACCCGAGCUGUCUGAUGAUUUCAUGAUAUCAGAUGUGGAAUCAGUUCCUUUCGACCUUUCUCAGGCUUCAACUAUUGCAGUAGAUGAAGAUUCAUGCUCAUCAGUAGUCAAUGAUUUGAACAGCAGCAGUGACACGCCACCACUCAAGCGCCAGAAAGCAGUAAGAUACGAUGUGGGUGAAAUUCUAAAGAAAACCAUGGAAGGAAGAAAAACGUUGGAGGAAGUAACUCGAAUGAAAGUCUGCGCACCACACAACACUCGUGUCGUCUGUAAUUUGUGUACAGAGCACCUUGUAAACUUGCAUGGCCUAAGACCUGGCCCUGACAUGAAAGGGGCAAUGGCCUCCUCAAUCAUCGCAGAGUUCCCCUUCCUGAAAGAUCCAGCUGGAAAUGGAGAUGAGGAAUGGUACUUCAAAAGCUCCAAAUGUCCUGCAGGUGGUAGGAUAGAGAAUAGACUCAAGUAUUUAAGAAGAAUAACAGCGGAGAAAGACAAGAAGCAAGUCGGGGUUGGCAGUCCUGAGGAUAUAGCUUCAACAUCUUCCAGUGAGGAUCUAGCAUCUCCUCAGAUGAAUUAUGAUCUUGCAGACAUGAAAGUCAUCACUGAAUGGUUGAAAAGUCAUAACACCCCCCAAAAAGAUGUUGUGGCCAAAAUGCAGCUGACAUCAGCAUAUAGAAAGGACUUUGUACAUUCAACACUGCCGGGAAGUUCCAGGAAAAAGCCUUGUGUGGCUGAAGUGCUGGAUGAGUUUCCACAUCUCCUUUCCCCUGGAAUGAUUGAGCAAGACUACGAAAUGCUGUUUUCGGGGAGAGGAAAGCACCUCUAUACAAAGUGGCCGGUGGUGUCUGCGUGCAUCCUAGAAUAUGCAAACCGAGUAAGCCCAGGGUGGAAGGCCAGAUUUAACGUUCAGCAUAGAAAAGACACAGACUUCAGUCAAGAUGAGAGGAUGAACCUGGCAUUUUGCCUUCUCUCGCAUUUGUUCCCUGGAAAGAAGUCAACAAAGGGAGGAAGAGCUUCCAUCCAAGAAGCCUUGGAUAAUUUCAUUGACUUUCAAAAGGAGGGGACCAAUGUAGAGGCAUACAAAUCUUUGCAUGGGAGGAACCAACCUUUCAUCCUAGCCCUAGGAGGACACUUCUGCAAUCCAGCUCAGACUUUUGUUGUAUUGGAGCACCACGUUCUUGAGCAGAAGAGUCUCGUUGCAGCUGUAGAUUUGUGCUACAAGAUCUUUCAGAUCUUUGAUCUACAGUAUCCAUGCCAGGCAAGAGCAAUGUGGGUCGUGAUGGACACCAUUGCUUUUGAUGUCAAACCAGGAGCUCAAGAGUCUGGUGCAGUGAGAGCCUUCAGGGCAUAUUACCAUUUCAACCAGAAAUAAAGCCUUGGAAUGUGUUGUUCUAUCAACAGGCCUUUCGAAAUUGAAAUGAUCACUUAGAAAAUUGUCAUUAAAAAGAAAACAGAUUUAUGAACCCCAAACUAUUAUAAUAUUUUGAAAGAGUAACUCCUCCCACAUCUUCGGUACCAUUUUUGUGUGGUAUGUGUUUACGCUUGGAUGAACAUAGCACAUUGAUCAAAAGAUGUAAAAAGUGUCAAAGUAGGGGUGUAGUUGAAAUAACCCCCCAAAAAACAACCCCACACAUAUCAAACUGGUGUAACUUUUUAACGGAACAGUAUUGAGCAAUUAACUUAAAAGAAGUGUUCUUACACCUAACAACUACAUUCUGUGUAAAAAAAUGAGAUAGAUCCGUGGAGCCAUUCACGAGUGAGCACACGUCAAAGAAAACAAUGAUCACUUUUCAAGAGUAUCAAUAGUCCUUUUUAUGUCUAUAAGUGACCAUUUUCUCUUUGAUGUGUGCUCACUCAUAGAAUAACUUGAUAGAUCAAUCUAAUCUUUACACAGAAUUUAGUCGAUAGGUGUAACAGCACUCUUGCUAAGUUACUUUGCUCAAAACCUUUUCGUUAAAAUGUUAUGCCACUUUGAUCAGGAUGGAGUUGCUUUUUUGUUGUUUUGAUUUUUUGGCACAAGUCGAAUUAUACAUGUUCGCAAACAAUGCACCAUGUUCAACCAAGCGUAAACACAUUCCACAUUAAAUGGUGACGAAGAUGCGGGAAAAGUUACUCUUCCAAAAUAUGUAUAAUUUGGGGUUCAUAAAUUGGUUUUCUUUAUAAUGAAAAUUUUCUAAGUGUUUAGUUUUUUUUUAUUCACUUGGUAAUGCAGCACAGUUUUUAGAUUUACAAUUCCUGUUGUUAUCUUAGGAUUUUAAUAACAUCAUAUUCAUGUUCUUUGGAAAAACCAAUCAUACAGAAAGAUGCUUGCAAUGUGCUCUCCAUUGUUCUCUCAAAUAAUCAACAACUCUUCGAAUUUGUAACAUUUUGAAUUAGCAUUGGUUUUUAUAUGAGGGCAACUCUUGUGUUGCAUAUUGUCCUGGGCAUGUUUCAUUGUUGUAGUUAUAUGCAGCCAAAACGUUAACAGCAUAUAUUGAGAUUUUUAUUGUGAACCAAAUUUAUGGCUUGUGUACAUGCCAUUUUCUGUAUUUGUUAAUUAUAUAUAUGCCAAUACAACAAAAUUCACAUUCCCAUGUGGCCAGGACUACUUCACACAAAUGGGGCAAACAUCAUGGUUUUUGCGAAACCCAUAAACUGGCACUGGUAUGAAGCCAUUCUACUAAUUCUGAGUGGAUAUUGGGUGUGAGUGCAUGAGUGAAAAAGCCAGAAUAAUAGUGACCACGGUUUCUAUCAGCUACAUUUUUAGUGUUUUUCUUUUUGUAAAAACAAUGAGAAAUUACAUGGAACAGAUGCUUCAGCCUUCUUCAAUUUUGACACAAAAUUGCAUACUCUUUCAUGCUGCGAAAAUUUGUUAGAAUCAGCUUGAAUAUGAAAAUUUUUGAAAAAUGGAAGAUUAAAAAAAAUUGUAUUUUUUCUUUCCUAAGCGUAUUAAGUGUUAAAGAACAAGAGCCAUUUUUUCUUGUUUGCUCUGCAGAUUAUUGAAGUUCUUUUGAAGUCAAAUUUUAGAGGGUAGACUGUAAUCAUCUGAUCAUUAUCUCUAAUUGCUAAAUACAAAAGUGUCUUAUUUUUCUAAUUAUGCAACUACCUUUUACUUCUUGUUUCUACAAUAAUAAAUGUUGGGCUUCUUUUUUUCUCCCUUCUUUUUUUUUUAGGCUGAAUUUCCUUAGAUUUCUUAAUGUUCUGUGUUUUGAUAUGCAUUUUAAUAUUUGCUUUCUUGUGUUGCAUAUUGUCCUGGGCAUGUUUCAUUGUUAUAGUUGUAUGCAGCCAAAAUGUUAAAAGCAUAUAUUGAGAUUUUUAUUGUGAACCAAAUUUAUGGCUUAUGUACAUGCCAUUUUCUGUAUUUGUUAAUUAUAUAUAUGCCAAUACAACAAAAUUCACAUUCCCAUGUGGCCAGGACUACUUCACACAAAUGGGGCAAACAUCAUGGUUUUUGCGAAACCCAUAAACUGGCACUGGUAUGAAGCCAUUCUACUAAUUCUGAGUGGAUAUUGGGUGUGAGUGCAUUAGUGAAAAAGCCAGAAUAAUAGUGACCACGGUUUCUAUCAGCUACAUUUUUAGUGUUUUUCUUUUUGUAAAAACAAUGAGAAAUUACAUGUAACAGAUGCUUCAGCCUUCUUCAAUUUUGACACAAAAUUGCAUACUCUUUCAUGCUGCGAAAAUUUGUUAGAAUCAGCUUGAAUAUGAAAAUUUUUGAAAAAUUGAAGAUUAAAAAAAAUUGUAUUUUUUCUUUCCUAAGCGUGUUAAGUGUUAAAGAACAAGAGCCAUUUUUUCUUGUUUGCUCUGCAGAUUAUUGAAGUUCUUUUGAAGUCAAAUUUUAGAGGGUAGACUGUAAUCAUCUGAUCAUUAUCUCUAAUUGCUAAAUACAAAAGUGUCUUAUUUUUCUAAUUAUGCAACUACCUUUUACUUCUUGUUUCUACAAUAAUAAAUGUUGGGCUUCUUUUUUUCUCCCUUCUUUUUUUUUUAGGCUGAAUUUCCUUAGAUUUUUUAAUGUUCUGUGUUUUGAUAUGCAUUUUAAUAUUUGCUUUCUUGUUAUAAGAUGAAGAAAUUAAAAGAUCUUUUUGUAAACUACA